CAGGAGACUUUCCUGCGUGGAAGUGCCCCGGGUUCUCCCCGCCGCGGGAGCCCUCCCGCCUGGUGUCGGUGACGAGCUGUCCCUCCCCUCUGCCCCGCAGGAAACGUGCCCAACGAGAAGAUCGCGAUAUGGCUCAAGGACUGCCGUACCCCUUUGGGAGCCUCACUGGAUGAGCAGAACAGUAGUACGCUGAAAGGUGCGCUGGUGAGACAUGGAGGAAGUUUUGAAGAUGAUUUGUCACUUGGAGCUGAAGCCAACCAACUCCAUGAAACUGAUGCUCAAAUUGAAAAUAGCAGUAAUAGCUUGGCCAAAGAGAGAAGACUACAGUUUCAUCAAAAAGGGAGAAGUAUGAAUUCCACUGGAUCUGGAAAAAGUAGUGGGACAGUCUCAAGUGUUUCAGAAUUGUUGGAACUUUAUGAGGAAGAUCCUGAAGAAAUUCUUUAUAAUCUUGGAUUUGGACGAGAUGAACCGGAUAUUGCAUCUAAAAUUCCUCCCAGAUUUUUCAGUUCAUCAUCGUUUGCCAGAGGAAUAGAUAUUAAAGUAUUUUUGAGUGCUCAAAUGCAACGGAUGGAAGUAGAAAACCCAAAUUAUGCUUUAACAAGUCGUUUUCGUCAAAUUGAAGUGCUUACUACUGUGGCCAACGCAUUUUCUUCGUUGUAUUCCCAAGUCUCUGGGACUCCUCUGCAGAGAAUUGGAAGUAUGGCCUCAGUAGCCUCUAGCAAGGAGACAGACUCUCCUCCACCGUUAACCCGAAGUAACACUGCAAAUCGCUUAAUGAAAACACUAUCAAAACUGAAUUUAUGUGUUGAUAAAACAGAGAAAGGAGAAGGUAGUACUCCUUCCCCAGCAACUGAAAAAGGAAAGAUUCUGAAUGUUUCUGUGAGUGAAGACAGUGGCAGUAAAAAUGAUCCAAAGUCUCAAAAAAUUGUAAAGAAGAAAGACUCCUCUUACAUGUUGGCUACAGUUAAAGAAGAAGUAUCAGUUAGUACAUCAACUAUUAUGGAGAAUGCUGACAUUGAUGGUAGACUUUCUGAUGCAGCAAACAGUAAUUUUAACCAAGAAAGUGAAAGUGAACACAGUAAAGAAACUCCAAGUCAUGGUAAACUGGGUGAGGAAUCUGGGAUGACAGGAUCCGAGUUAGGUAGUGAUUUCAGCAUGGCCUACCCCAGCGAGCUGGGAGGGUGCAGCGAGUUGAAAAAUGUCCACGUGUCCACAGCUGAAAAAGAGCCAUGUGCCCCGCGGCAGAUCCCAUCCAUAAGAAAUAUAAUGGUACCAGAGCAGAAGGACUCUUUCGAAAUGGAAGAGGUUCAAAGUACAGAGGGAGAAGUGCCUCAUGUUCCAGCCACUUACCAGUUAGGUCUUAAUAAGUCGAAAAGAGAUCACCUGUUACGUACUGCCAGUCAGCAUUCUGAUAGCAGUGGUUUUGCUGAAGACUCAACAGACGGUGUCUCCCUUAAUCAUCUUCAGGUUCACGAAUCGUUGCAAGCCAUGGGGAGUAGUGCUGAUAGUUGUGACAGCGAGACAACAGUCACUUCAUUUGGUGAAAACCUUGCCACGCCAACAGCACGUGACCAGCCUUAUUUUAAUGAGCCUGAGGAGGAGUCUCUCAUGCCUCUUCCCAAGGGAAGUGGGAAGGCAGCAGCAGUUGCUGACCAAAGGUCAGAUAGCCAGGAUUCCCCCCAGUGCGAGACAGUUGAGAAUACAGGAAAUAAGGAGUCCACCUGUAGUGCGGCGGAUCACGUUACUGAAGUUACUGAAACGAAAGAGGAUUCGUCUCCAGCACAGCCAGAGGAACUGCUGAGGGAGGAAAGUGCUGAAAGUGACGUGGAUAAAAGCGUUGAAUGUGAAUUUGUGCAGUACACCACCCACCAUAUCCUUAAAUCAUUGGCUUCUAUUGAAGCUAAAGGCAGUGAGAAGGGCUCUGAAACAAAAACUGGGCUUCCCUCUUCUGUGGACAGAGUUAAUACAGCUUUGCAAAGAGCUCAAAUGAAGAUCUGUGGUCUGUCUAAUCAAAGAGCAGGGCGUAGCUUGAUAAAAUCAAAAGACCUGUUAAAACAGAGGUACUUACUUGCCAAAGCUGGCUACCCUCUUAGAAGGUCUCAGUCUUUGCCAACCACCUUACUGAGCCCUGUCAGGGUUGUGUCCUCUGUCAAUGUUCGAUUGUCCCCAGGAAAAGAGACCAGAUGCAGUCCACCCUCCUUCACCUAUAAGUACACACCUGAAGAGGAACAGAAAUUGGAAAACGAGGCGGUUGAGCAUGAUGGUCAGUCUGUAGUCAAAUCCACUAUUUUCAUCUCUUCGUCCUCUGGGAAGAAAGAUUCAGAAGCCUCUCCGAGGGAGGCGAGCCAGUCGGAGGAGUGUCUUCAUCAAAGGACUCCCACCUGCUCCCUCUAUGCUCCAGCACCUAUAUCUCAGUCCACCUGCUCCCUUCACUCCCUUCACUCCGAGUGGCAGGAGCGGCCCCUCUGUGAGCACAUGAGGACUCUGAGCACUCGCAGUGUCCCCAACAUAUCCGGCGCCGCCUGCAGUGCCUUCACGCCCUCUCUCGGGUGUUCUUACUCACAUAGACACGCUGCCUACCCUUACCGAUCGGGCUCUGUGAACCCUCCUUCUGCCAUCGAAAUGCAGUUGCGAAGAGUAUUGCAUGAUAUUAGAAACUCACUGCAGAAUCUUUCACAGUACCCUAUGAUGAGAGGGCCUGACCUUGCUGCUGCUCCAUACAGUCCUCAGAAAUCAUCUGUUCUACCUCUUUAUGAAAAUACUUUUCAGGAGCUCCAAGUAAUGAGGCGGAGCCUGAAUUUGUUUAGAACGCAAAUGAUGGACUUAGAAUUAGCGAUGCUGCGUCAACAAACCAUGGUUUAUCAUCAUAUGACUGAGGAGGAAAGGUAUGAAGUUGAUCAGCUCCAGAGUUUGCGAAAUUCAGUCCGAAUGGAACUUGAAGACCUGGAGCUACAGCUGGAGGAGCGUCUGCUGGGCCUGGAGGAGCAGCUGCGCGCCAGGCACAUUUCUUCUCCCUUCCGCUCCUCAGCACUGGUGGGAAUGUGUGGCAGUAGAAGCGCUGAUAACUUGUCAUGCCCUUCUCCAUUGAAUGUAAUGGAACCAGUCACUGAACUGAUGCGGGAACAGUCAUACCUAAAGUCUGAAUUGGGCCUGGGACUUGGAGAAAUGAGAUUUGACAUUCCUCCUGGAGAUAGCUCAGAAUCUGUUUUCUCCCAAGCAACAUCAGAGUCAUCUUCUGCAUGUUCUAGUCCCUUUCAUCCUCAUAGAAGAACUGGACUACCUUCUGGGGACUCAGCGCGCAAACCCAAGACCCAUCGGGUACCAAGCAAGAAGGUAUUCCGAGCAUCAGUGGCCCUAACGCCAACUGCUCCUUCUAGAACAGGCUCUGUGCAUUCGCCUCCAGAAGUGGAAAGUUCUGAGGAAGCUGGUGCAGCUGAAGAACCCUUAGAGGCUGUAGGACUUAAAUCUGAAGUGGAAGAAGGGUAUGGAAAAAUCCCAUUGAUGCCAGCUGCUGAGGAAAUGCAUAAAAAUGUAGAGCAAGAUGAAUUGCAGCAAGUCAUACGGGAGAUUAAAGAGUCUAUUGUUGGGGAAAUCAGACGGGAAAUUGUGAGUGGACUUCUGGCAGCAGUGUCUUCAAGUAAAGCAUCAAAUUCUAAGCAAGAUAGUCAUUAAAUGGAAUUAAUAGGUUGGCAUGGAUCAUAUUAGCUGAGUAAUGUUGGAGUUAUGAUAUACACUGGUGGAGGUGUUAUUUGUGCUUCAGAAGAUACUUGCUGCUGAGUUGGGCUGCUGUAUACAGUGUACAAUGUUUAUUCUAUGCAUAUCUUUUUUAAAAACAUACAUAGAAACUUAGGCACUUUGCUAACUUUAUUUCUCUCCUAAACUGUAUCCAUUCAAAAAGCCUAAUAUUUAUUUGUAUGUCAAUAUUUUCCAAUGGAUUCCCUAUGUAGAAUUAAUUUUAAAACUUGAAAACUUCCAGAUUUAACCAACGUAUAAAUAACAUAUUUCUUUAGACUAGCUUCCUUAAACACUGACCUCUAUGAGGUAUUUACUGUGCAAUAACUGAUUUGUUUUUUUGAGAGCUUGAAACAACCAAUGAUUUUCCCUCUACUGCUGUUAAUUAGUGUCUCUUCCAAGAAGAAAAUUUGUUCUGUUGUGAAAGUUUGCUCUUAGUUCUUGAGGAAGUUACUAAUAGCAGUAAGAUAGAAUUCUCAUAUGAGGUUUCCUGCCAACUACUUAAUGUUCUUACACUGUAAGCAUUGUUACUUUACCUAAGACAAAUGUAUUUUUAUUAUAGCUUAUGUAGUAGUUUUCUUUUGGAAAUGUGUCUUAUAUUAAACACUAUGUACUUUUUGCAUUGUCCAGACUUCUUUAUUGUGAGGAGAUGUUUAUUCUUCUGUCCUUUAGACGAAAUAGUAGAGAAUUUCCAAAAAUAACGGGGCCUAUGACUUGAAUGGGUAGAAAUAAAUAAGCUGUUUUUGUUUCUGUUUUUUUUUUUCUCAAAAUGGAAGUAAUUUAGAUUUGUUCUCCGGGUGGGCGGGGAGAGGACGAUGGCUUCCUAUUUGGUUAUGUGGGUUAAUAAAUAAAUAUGUAAGGUAACAACUAAAUGUUAUUAGAAUUAUUCCCUUGGCAUUUAUAAUUUUCAACUCCUAGUCUAUUUCUUUGUGUGAAACUUUAAUCAAAAGUGGUCAAGAUGUUAACAAUAUUCUUUGAAAAACUAUCUAAAAGGUUUAUAAGUGUUUGAAUUAUCACACAAAGGCUGAUUUCUUUAAAAAAAAUUAAAACAAUAAAGUAUUUAUUUUGCCUAA